AUGAAGCUUGAAAUCGAUUCCUUUUCUGGUGGUAAGAUUUACCCAGGUAGAGGUACCCUUUUUGUCCGUGGUGACUCUAAGAUCUUCAGAUUCCAAAACGCCAAGUCUGCAGCUUUGUUCAAGCAAAGAAAGAACCCAAGAAGAAUUGCAUGGACCGUUUUAUACAGAAGACACCACAAGAAAGGCAUCACUGAAGAAGUUGCCAAGAAGAGAAGCAGAAGAGCCGUCAAGGCCCAAAGACCAGUUGUUGGUGCUUCUAUGGAAUUGAUCAAGGAAAGAAGAGCCGUGAAGCCAGAUGUGAGAAAAGCUCAAAGAGAAGAGAAAAAGAAGGCUGACAAGGAAAAGAGAAAGUCUGAAAGAUCCGCUAGAAGAGCUAAUAAGGCUAAGACUGCAGCUGCAGGUGGUGGCGAAAAGGUUUCUAAGCAACAAGCUAAGGGUGCCUUCCAAAAGGUUGCCGCUACUUCUCAUUAA